AUGGCUUCCAAUUCUCUUUAUGAUAUGCUUGUAAAUGACUCUGACUUCUCUGAAUCUGAUAAUGAUUUGGAGAUGCCCAAAGCUGUUACUAUAGAUAAAGAACUACUAAAUAGUCAUGAAAGGCUUUUUCUCGACUAUUUUGCUGAAUCCCCUGUAUAUCCUCCUGAGCUAUGUCGAAAGAGGUUUCGGAUGAAGCGUUCACUUUUUCUUCGAAUUCAAGCUGCAGUAGAAGCGCACGAUCCAUACUUUCUUCAAAAAAGAAAUUGUGUUGGAAAGCUUGGUUUGCCUUCUCUUCAGAAGAUAACUGUUGCACUUAGGAUGCUUGCUUAUGGAGUAGCAGCUGAUUUUAUGGACGAAUAUGUGAGAAUUGGAGAAAGCACUGCAAUAGAAAGCUUAAAAUAUUUUGUUAAAGCAGUUGUUGAUAUUUUUUCUAAUGAGUAUUUCAGGUCACCAAACAGCAAUGACAUCACUAAACUACUAGCGGUUGGUGAAAAUUGUGGAUUUCCUGGAAUGCUGAGGAGCAUUGAUUGUAUGCAUUGGAAAUGGAAAAAUUGUCCGACUGCAUUGAAAGCUGUUGCAUCAUAUGAUCUUUGGAUUUGGCAUGUGUUCUUUGGAUUACCUGGGUCUCAUAAUGAUAUCAACGUGCUAGAAAGGUCUUUUGUAUUUACCGAACUUGCUAAGGGGCGUGCUCCUGCAGUUAAUUACACCAUCAAUGGUAAUGAAUAUACAAUGGGAUACUAUCUCGCCGAUGCCUUCCUACUGGUUGGUCUCUCAAAGUCUACAAAAGCAUUAGGUGAGACAUCGUCUUCCCCUAGAUUUAUUGAAUUCGGAGUACAAGGAGAAGUGGUUGUCCCUGUUCUUGGUCUUUUUGGUUGUUUUUUCUUCUCAGAUUAUACCACCCAUUUUGGUUGA